GAAACGAGAUUAUGAAGGUUAUUUAUGCUCCCUGCUGCUACCUGCAGAAUCCCGAAACUCGGCUUUUGCACUGAGGGCCUUCAAUGUGGAACUGGCUCAGGUUAAGGACUCAGUCUCUGAGAAAGCAAUUGGACUGAUGCGAAUGCAGUUUUGGAAAAAAACUGUUGAAGAUAUAUUCUGUGACAAUCCACCACAUCAGCCUGUGGCUAUUGAACUAUGGAAGGCUGUCAAAAGACAUAAUCUGACUAAAAGAUGGCUUUUGAAAAUCAUUGAUGAAAGAGAAAAAAAUUUGGAUGACAAAGCAUAUCAUAAUAUCCAAGAACUAGAAAAUUACGCCGAAAACACACAGAGCUCUCUUCUUUAUUUAACACUGGAAAUAUUGGGUAUAAAGGAUCUUCAUGCGGAUCAUGCUGCAAGUCACAUUGGAAAAGCCCAAGGCAUUGUCACUUGCUUGAGAGCAACACCCUAUCAUGGUAGCAGAAGAAAGGUGUUCCUUCCCAUGGAUAUUUGUAUGCUGCAUGGUGUUUCACAGGAGGACUUUCUACGGAAGAACCAAGAUAAAAAUGUCAGAGACGUAAUAUAUGACAUUGCCAGCCAGGCGCACUUGCACCUAAAGCAUGCUAGGUCCUUUCACAAAAGUGUUCCUGUGAAAGCAUUUCCUGCUUUUCUUCCAACAGUUUCUUUAGAGGACUAUUUAAAGAAAAUUCAACGAGUGGAUUUUGAUAUAUUCCACCCAUCUUUACAGCAGAAGAAUGCAUUACUUCCAUUAUCUCUGUAUAUUCGGUCAUGGAGAAAAAGAUAUUAAAAUAAUUUCAUGGCACUUGUA